CCAUGAUUGGUUCUGCAGCUUCGGUCUCAGCCGCUCAUUGGUUGCCUCAUCUCCGUGCAUCUGUCCCUCCCACGUCGACUGUCGUCGCCUCCUUUUAAUGAGGCUUUCCAACCCUCGGGUUUCAAGAAAUUGCCAUCCACUGAAGCAACCGCCCAGCCGCUCCUUUACUGUUUUUUGCUGUCGCUGGCUUGACAACUUGUUCAUCAUCCAUGACGGCUCGGCGAGACCCACGGAACAUCCUCCGAUGCAAACCCAGUCGGAGGGCAAGGGAGACCGUGACCGGGAAUCUGACUCCUGCACCUCGUCCAGUCGGGCCUGUCUACUGCAUCCAGACAACACUCCUUGGCUGCGCCGCGCUGCGCUGCGCUGCGGUGCUAUGCUAUGCGAUGUGUUUGCGAUGCACCAAGGAUUCCGACAAAAUGUUGUUGAUGCAUCGAGCAACAAAACAGCGACCAUCCAGGAAACGAGGGUCCAGUUGAUUGACAGCGGCAUUUGCUGGUGCAUACGUGACACUCGGGGACGAAACAAUGCUUUUCGCCCUGUCUUCGUCAGGGAUGUGUCCCGGUUAUUGAAUUCGGUGCCGAUCUUUGCUAUCUCAGCCGGUAUUUUUCAGGAUCUUGCUUGUUCGCCUCUCCAUGUCCUCCAAGCAAAAGUCCAAGUCCAACCGAAGGACGAUGUAAUCUCGCAAUGCUGGCUUAUGAGGCCCCCGACAAAUUGACUGCUUGCGCCUGUCAAUCUUGAUUUUUCGGUCUUUUAGGCUCGGACGAGACGAGCACAGACUGCGGGCAGGUCGAACUCUAUCUGCUU